GUCUAAACAGGUCAUCGGCUAGAGAAAAUGUCGUGGAGAGGAAAACGAAAAGACGACGAUGUCCGAGCAUCAGAUGACGAAUCUGAAGCCCACGCGCCGGCUAAGAAACUGGCAAAGCCAGCAGACUCCUCCGACGAGGCUGACGACAUCGUUGUCUGCACUAUAUCUAAGAAUAGGAGAGUCUCUGUGAGGAACUGGAACGGCAAGAUUUGGAUUGACAUUCGUGAGUUCUACGUCAAGGACGGUAAAACUCUCCCAGGCAAGAAAGGUAUCUCUCUAAGCGUGGAUCAGGUAACUUACAUUUAUCUCUCAUUUUUUAUGACUUUCACAAGUCUUUGCUCUCUACUUUUAUCUGCUUAUGUCUCUUACACAUAAAUGUUUUCUUGCAGUGGAACACUCUUCGGAACCACGCAGGGGAUAUCGACAAGGCGCUCUCUGAUCUUUCUUAGGUUUCUAAAACUUUGUAUAACC